GUGUUGGAUCCCAUAUAAAGGAAACUCAUUUUUAUGUGAUUGGUCAUUAGAUUAUUUUUACUUUCUACUAUUUUGUAUUGUGUUGGAGUUUUUUCCCUCGGGAAAUGAGGUGGAGGAAAACAGACAGACAGUGUUGGAGCUCAAAUGAAGGAAACUCAUGUGCUUAUAUAUGAUUUUUAUUUGGGCGGCACUUGGAUUUUUUGAGUUUGUUUUUAUUUUGUAUAUUUUGGGGGGUUUUCGACCCAGGAGAUGAGCUAACUCUCAAACAUAAUGUCUGGAAACGUCGAUGAAGAGGAGGCCAACGUCACCCACACAGGCCCAAAGGGAGUGAUCAAUGAUUGGAGGAGGUUUAAGCUUGAGAGCAUGGACCAGGAGUCCCUGCCCCCCCAGAAGAGAGAGCUGCUCAGGCAGAUGUCCUCCCCACACAGGCCCAAAGACGACGGCAGGGGAAGCCUGAACCGCAAGAUGAGUGUACAGGAGUAUGAGCUGAUUAAGGAGGAUGACGAGAAGUGCAUGAAGAAGUACCGCAAGCAGUGCAUGCAGGAGAUGCACGAGCGCCUCAGCUUCGGUCCCAAGUUCGAGGGCGUGUACGAGCUGGAAAGCGGCGAGGCAUUUCUGGAGGUCAUUGAGAAGGAGCACCGGCUCACCGUGGUGGUGGUGCACAUCUACAAGGAGGGGAUCAAAGGUUGCGAUGCGCUCAACUCCUGCCUGGACUGCCUGGCCACUGAGUACACUAGCGUCAAGUUUUGCAGGAUCGACGCCGGGGUGACUGGUGCGGGGGAGCGCUUCACUGAUGACGUCCUACCCACCAUGCUGGUGUAUAAGGCUGGCGAGCUGCUGGGGAACUUCCUGGCCACCAACCAGCACUUCAACGAGGAGUUCUUCGCCACCGACGUGGAGGCUUUCCUCAACGGCUACGGCCUGCUGCCGGAGAAAGAUUUAGUCGUUGGGGGAGAGGAGGAGGAGGCAGCCGUGGAUGUGGAGGCAGUGGAGUGAAGGGGUUGUGGAAGAGAGGUGUGUGAAGGAGGAGAUGGAGGACAGGGGUUUAUGGUGGGGUGGAGUGAAGGGGUUGUGGAAGAGAGGUGUGUGGAGGAGGAGAUGGAGGACAGGGGUUUAUGGUGGGGUGGAGUGAAGGGGUUGUGGAAGAGAGGUGUGUGGAGGAGGAGAUGGAGGACAGGGGUUUAUGGUGGGGUGGAGGGGUUGUGAAAGAGAGGUGUGUGGAGGAGGAGAUGGAGGACAGGGGUUUAUGGUGGGGUGGAGGGGUUGUGGAAGAGAGGUGUGUGGAGGAGGAGAUGGAGGACAGGGGUUUAUGGUGGGGUGGAGUGAUAAUGGGUUGGUGGGGUUGAAGGAGGGAAGUGUGUGGAGGAGGAUAUGGUUUUGUGAUGGAUUGAUGCUUGUUUUGUGUAACAGAGUAGCAGACGCACACAGACUGGGUUGACUGCACUAGAGGGGCCUGAGCGUACUGUAGAAGGAGUCCAUUCCCUAAAUAAGGGAUCAUUUGAAUGUUCAUCCAGGGAAGAAACGUCAGCAGCCUGAGUACCUGAUGUCGAUUAGGGUUUGCAUUCCUACUAGAAAAGGACCGUUCCAGUUAAAUUAUUGUUGGGAGCCAAAGUUGAUCUAUUAUUAGGCUACAUGUAUGAAAGGGGGAAAACAUGAUAUCACAUAUUGGGCCGAUUCUGAUUAGGAUUACUCUGGGUCCAGGACACCAGCCUAUGGUGUUUCUGGAUAAUAUUUAAUAUAUUAUAUAUAUGUUAUAUUUUCAAGUCUUUAGAAUGAUCUUUUUUUCAAGGUUAAAUUACAUAUUUAUUUUAGGUAUUUACAAACACUGUAAGAUUCUAUAAUAUUUAAUAAAACAAAACAUGAAUAACAUGCAAAAACAU